AUGCCUCACGCAACGUCAACAGAUAUCAGGGUCACACCAAUCGACCCAGGUAAGGGCUCUAAUGUCAGGUUUGGCGCCACCAUCGAGGGUGUCGAUCUCAACAAUGUCGACGACGAGACCUUCCAGAGCCUGAAAACGAUCAUCUUCACCAACCAGCUCGUCAUCUUCAAGGGCCAGGAGGCCUUGACUCCGCAGAAGCAUUUCAAUUUUGUGCAGCGUUUCGAUCCGAAUGCACCGCCUGUGCAUGGUCACGGCACCAUUGAAACAGUCAAGAAGCAGCAUAAAGGAAAUGCCAGUCUGCUUGCGGCGAUCACAGUGCUCAGCAUCCCAGGCGUCCCCGGCGUCCGUCUAGUGGGAGCCGGGUAUCAGGGCGAUGACCACUAUGGCCUGAAGGAAGUGGACUUUGUCACCUCGACGAUUCUGAACACACACGCGGCACCGCCCACAGCGGAAGAGAUAGCUAACGGCAUCACCCGUUUCGGCCGCUGGCACAUUGACUGUGCAAUGUACGACAAGGAGCCGCCGCGUGUCACGGCCCUACGCGCUCUCACCCUGCCCCGCGGCCCGCCUCAGACCCUUCGCUGGGAUGACGGCUCCGGCACCGAGAUCAAGGUCUCACCCGGCUUGACGGCCUUCUACUCGUGCGAGCAGCUCUAUGAGAUGCUGACGCCCGAGGAGCGGGCUUUCGCGGACAACUCGCGCGUCGCGUAUGCGCCUCAUCCUUACAUGUGGAUCUCGCGCUGCAAGCAGGACUCGCUGGGCAUGACCAUACCGCAGGGCCAGGGCAAAGAGCUAGCGGCCGAUGAGAUGCCACCAGUCGAGGAGUCCAAGUUGAAGGAGUACCCCAUGGUGUGGCACAACGAGGUGACGGGCAAGCCGGCGUUCAUGGUGCACUCCAUCAUCGCGCAGAAGCUGCUGCUUAAAGACUCGCCCGAAGCCCACGUACGCAUUGUGGACGACGUGGACGAGGUGCGGGCUUGGUUGAACAAGAUUCACAGGAGGAUGUUGGAGCCGGAAAACAUCCUGGUUGCCCCUUACGAGGAGGGAGACGUGGCUAUCUGGAACAACCGGUGCAUGCAGCAUACUUUUAUUGAGUAUCCUGCUUCGUAUGGGCCGAGAACCAUGCACCAGGUCAAUCUGCCCGCUUCGAUCCCACCGUCGUGA